CCACCCUUCUUGUUCAAAGGCAUGGAAUACAAGGAAUGAAUGGAUAGCUAGUCAGGUUUACUUUUUAUCUAGUCUUUCAAAUCUAAUCCUGUUUUGGUUUUGGUGGGCGUCUAUAUAUAUAUUGGGUUGUUACUCUUCUUGCUUGAACUUCUAAGGACUACCAAAACAAUUCUACCUUUUUUGGGUUUUUGGGUCUUGAAAGCAUUGAAAUUCAUACCAAUGUCUACUACUGCUCCUACUAGUAAGAGAGGGUUCAAAGAAGAAGAAGAAGAAACUGAGCUUAGAAGGGGACCAUGGACACUUGAAGAAGACUCUCUCCUCAUUCAGUACAUUACUUGUCAUGGUGAAGGCCGUUGGAAUCUAUUAGCUAGAUGUUCAGGAUUGAAGAGAACUGGGAAGAGUUGUCGAUUGAGAUGGUUGAAUUACUUGAAACCAGACGUGAAGCGCGGGAACCUAAGCCCCGAAGAACAGAUCUUGAUUCUUGAACUUCAUUCUAAGUGGGGAAACAGGUGGUCUAGGAUUGCACAGCAUCUUCCAGGAAGAACAGACAACGAAAUAAAGAACUAUUGGAGGACGCGGGUGCAAAAACAAGCACGACAACUCAAGAUUGACGCGAAUAGCACAAGGUUUCGGGAUACGAUCCGCUGCUUUUGGAUGCCAAGAUUGCUUGAGAAGAUGGGAUCCUCAUCAAUCCAAGCAUCUAUCAACUCAACUCCUCUGUUCAACACAGCCCCACAAGCAUCCUCACAAGAGUCCAUCAUCACAAGUGUACACAACACAUCAAGCAAUUCCAACCAUUUUGACAAGUCCAGCUCAGAAGAUUGCAGCCCAAGCAUCUCCUCAGAUUCCAUGAACAUCACCCAAAUCCCUGAAAUCUCAGAAUUCCCAACAAGUCCUUCCCAUGCAUUUACCAACAUGGACUACAGCCCAUUUUUCAAGGGCUACUAUGCUGACAGCAGCUAUGACUUACAGGCCAUAAACCCAACUGCCACAUCAGCAUCAAGCUUCAACUAUCCAAUCUCUGACUACCAUGUGUCUGAGAGUAAUUGGGUUGAUGGUAUGGAAGAUGCUGGUCUAUGGGACAUGGAUGAGUUGUGGCCAAUUAGAAAACAGCUACAAGGGAGGCCCACCUAAUGUCUCUCUCUCUCUCUCUCUCUCUCUCUCUCUCUCUCU